AUGAAGAUGCAUGUAGAGAGACAGUAUGUUGGUAAUUUGAGAUGUAUUAUCUUUUUUUAGAGUCAUGGAAAGUUUCCUUCUUUGUGACGCUCAUCCUUUUGCUCGUGAGCAUCACCGGAUCUGCAGCGUGUUUGGUGCGAUAUGGAAAAGGUAAGAAAAGGUAGACGCUGAAUACGGGCCACCUAAAGAUGAAAAGAAGCAGAAGAUAAACCUGUCCAGUGCCAAGAACAAAAGGCUGAAGUUGUAAAUGUGAUAUUUUAGAAAAGUUGGACAUCUGCCUGGUGAAAUCUUCUCUGGGUCUCAUACAGAAUGGGUUUCUCUGUUUUAGUUCGGAUCAGGAGGAUAAGAGCUACAGGAAACAAGCUGCUCACAUGUGGAACAUCAGGAACUGCAGCGGAAAGGAAACCUCUGGAUGAGAACUGUGUGGAGAAUGGGGAUCAGACAGAAGCUCCAGCUGCAGAUCAUCACACUGUGGAUGGAGGUUGGUCACAUCUUCAUAUCUUUACACUUCAGACACACACCUGAUUAACAGGUGUGUAUUAGAAGAUAUGGAAGUGUGUAUUUAACACAUCUUCUUUCUGUUUGAGCAGAUACCAGGCUGAACGUAACACCAGCUCCAGGUAAAUGUGCUGUGCAGCAGAUUAAUGUCUCUGUAGCACAGAAAUAUCAGUCUAAUACACUUAAAGGUUCUUCAGUGGUUCUUCCGGGGGAACCCUUAAAGGUUCUUUUAGAAAAUUUAUAACCCUUAAGGAACCUUAAGAGGGGUGUGUGUGUGUGUGUGUGUGUGUGUGUGUGUGUGUGUGUGUGUGUGUGUCUGUUUUCCUUAACUGCUACUGUAAAGACUGGUUUGUUUUUAGAGAUGCUAAAAAUUGAAUGGGAACGAUCCUAAAGUGUCAUCAGUCAGGAUCAGAAACACAUUAUCUCUCAAUACAACGCAUAUUCGUAUUUAUUCGAUUUUACUGAGUUUGUAAAAUUAUUGAUUAACUGUGAUUUAUGAUUUUUCUAACAGAUUUGGUCCAAGUGAAAAAAUUCAAAGUGAACAUCACCAUCGACGGAGAGGAAACUCCAGAGUUCCUGACACACGAGGAAAAGGAGGUGAAGUGCUCUACUCCAGUGAAUACAUGGGACAGAAAUCCUGAUGAUGAUAAAAUCUUCACUCUGUGUAAAGAGAAGUUUCACUGUGGUAAACGUUAUUGGGAGGUGAAAGUGAGAGAGUCACAUAAAGAAGAGAAACUCUCCUGGUUCGUUGGUGUAGCGAGUGAUGCAGCUGAGAGAAAGUACAGCGUCCCGUUUACACCACACAAUGAACUCUGGGUUCUCUGCUAUGAAAGAGAAACAGGGUUUUAUAUCGGAGACGACACAGAACGCAUUUCAGUCCCAGACGUUAAUAAAGAGCUCGCAGCAGUGGGAGUGUUUUUAGACUGUGAUAAACACACACUGUCAUUUUAUAAUAUUGAUACACAAUCACACAUCUACACUUUCACUAACGUGGAACCCAAAACACCUCUGCGUCCUCUGAUCAGCCCCGGAGUCCGAGACAGUCAUCCUGUACGCAUUCUUUACUAAAGAUAAUGUGUAAUAAUGAGUAAUAUGGUGAUAUGUGAAUUGAUCAUAUUAGCUGUGAUCUAAUCUGUAUUUACAUAAAGUGUGAUUACGAAGUGUACAUAACACAUUCACAUCAUCUUUCGUACGGCUUUACUGUAGUCAGAAAACACAUUUUUAUUAUGUCUUUACUGAUAUGACACUAAAGUCUUUAAUAACAGAUUGUCCUAGAUCAGUUUAAGAUUCGUACAAUAAGAAUAAAUCCGCUCUGGGUGUUUAAACAUGUUUAAAUGACUGCGAGCUCACAGAAGAGGAUUAUGACCG